CCCAGGCAUUUCAAAAAGGAACCCCGUAUGAUAAGACCAGUAAGCGGUGGAGAGAGGUAACAGACGCUAUUACAUACCAUCUAGCUAAGGACAUGGUCCCUUUCGCGACAGUGGAGAACGAGGGAUUUAAACGCCUGAUCAAAGUCCUAGACCCCCGCUAUGCGAUACCAGGCAGGAAGUUUUUUUCCAACACUGCAAUGCCACGUUUAUACACAGAGUGCAGAGAGAAGCUGGGACACAAAAUUCAAAAAGUGCAGUUCUUUGCAACAACCAGUGACCUGUGGUCUAGCCGCACAUCCGAGCCUUAUUUAAGCUUGACCAUUCACUAUAUCGAUAACUGGAAGCUCUGCAGUGCGACUCUGCAAGCAACGUACUUCCCAGAUGAUCACACGGGGGAGCUCAUCGCGCAAGAACUGAGGGACUCACUAGAAAGUUGGGGACUCCGUGAGGAGAACAUGUCCUGCAUGACUACAGACAGUGGGGCCAACAUGGUGAAGGCCCUCCAACUUAACAACUGGACUCGUCUUCCCUGCUUUGGGCAUAGGCUGCAUCUAGCCAUUGAAAACAGUGCCAAAGACCAUCGAGUUGUUCGUGUGACAUCUGUCUGCAAAAAAGUGGUCAGUGCAUUCUCCUUCAGCUGGAAGAAGAAGAGGGAUUUGGCUCAAACUCAAACAGAGCUGAAACUCCCACAAAAGAAACUCAAAACAGAGUCACCAACCAGAUGGGGAUCCAGACUUGCCAUGAUGGAGAGGGUGUUGGAGCAAGAAAGUGCCAUCUCCCAGGUCCUCAAAGCUGACAGGAAGACGCGGCAGUUGGCUCCAUCAUGGCAAGAUGUUGAGGUCAUGGAAUGUGUGAAGAAGGCCCUCGGCCCUCUGAGGGACUUCACUGAUGCGCUGUCUGGGGAGGAUUACGUGAGCGUGUCAUAUGUGAAGCCAGUCCUGCACCUGCUCAAAGUGAACAUCCUCGAGCCAAGUGAAGAGGACAUAGAGCUGACUAACACAAUGAGGACAACAAUCCUGAGCUACCUCAACGACAAGUAUCAGGACCCCACCACUGAUGCACUGCUCGACAUGGCUUCGCUUGUGGACCCCAGGUUCAAGAGGCAGUACAUUGCUACAGAAAAGACGGAGGAAAUACAAGCCAGAGCUGUUUCUGAGAUCGAGUGCUUAUUGAGCACACAACAGCAUUCACUGCCCACCUCCACUUCACAGAAUGAUCCUGAGACAGAAUACCAACCCCCACCAAAGAAGGCAAAGAAAAAAACAUUAGGAAGCCUUUUCAAAACCUCAGGUUCUGCAGCUGACACAACAGGUCCCACCCCAUCUCUGAGAGAGGUAAUCGAGGCUGAAAUGAAGGCCUAUCUUUCCACCCCAAAUGCAGACAGUGAGAUGGAUCCUCUGGAAUGGUGGAAAGUCCACGAGGUAAAUUUUCCCAGAGUAAGCAAACUAGCGCAGAAAUACCUGUGCAUCCCAGCCACAAGCUCUCCCUCGGAGAGAGUGUUCAGCACAGGUGGGAACAUCGUGACUUGUCAAAGGGCUACUCUAAAGCCAGACAAGGUGGACAAAUUGAUUUUUCUGUCAAAAAAUCUGUGACGGGGAAACUGAAUUUCCCCUCUUUAUCAGGAGGAGCACCCUGAUAUUUCUUUGCACUAGAGUGUUGCACUACU